AUGCCACCACGUUUACAAAGAUCAAGUCCUCAACUUCAAUUUGUUUCAGAAGAAAGUAAUUUUGGCAGUAAAUUAGCACCAACCAUGUCUAAACAGAAUCCUACAAAUGAAUCACAAUUACAAAUGACUUCUCAAAAAUAUCCCAACUGUCUACAUAACAGUAAUAAUGAUAAUAAUAAUUAUAAUAAUAACAAUGGUACUAUUCAACAAAAACAAAUCACAUCUAAUUCACCUGAUAUUCAUUUCAGUCAUGAUCAACGAGUUGUGACAUUUGGUACAAAACCAAAUACUACUAAUACUACUAGUAAUUUAUCAGUUGUGCCGAGCAGUGAGGAUGAUGAAUGGGAUUCAGAAACGGAAGAUUUAAAUAUUGUUGCAGCUGAAAUCAAUAAAUCUCAACAGUAA